AUGCUAUCCUCCAUCAUACUAACUGGUAGAAAGCAAUUGGGGAACUGUAUAGGAAGAGGGCAAUUUGGUUCUGUCUAUAGAGCGCUUGAUUUAUCUUCAGGGGAAAUUGUUGCUGUCAAAAGCAUAAAGCUAGAAGAUGAAUCGCUUUAUGCUGAAAUUAUGAAAGAAGUCAAUAUCCUCAAGACGCUCUCUCAUGCCAAUGUGAUAAAAUACAUUGGGUUUAUUUCUACUGAACAAUAUCUCAACAUCGUACUUGAGUAUGCAGAGAAUGGGUCUCUUAUAUCUACACUAAAGGCUUUUGGAGCAUUUCCAGAGAAACUAGUAGCUUCUUUUUGUGCCAAGAUACUCAAAGGUCUUGAUUACUUGCAUGAUAAUCAAGUCGUUCAUUGUGACUUGAAGGCUGCCAAUAUCUUGACGACAAAGACAGGAGAUGUCAAGUUGACUGAUUUUGGUGUCUCAUUAAACCUUAAAUUAAAAGCAGUGGACGCAGAUACUAUAUCUGGUACACCUAAUUGGAUGGCACCUGAAGUGAUUGAAUUAAAAGGAGCAACUACCAAAUCAGACAUUUGGUCCUUGGGUUGUACUCUCAUUGAAUUAGUCACUGGUAAACCACCUUAUAGUGACAUGUUAGCCAUGUCUGCCAUGUUUCGUAUUGUUGAGGAUGACUAUCCACCCUUACCAGAUACUAUUUCUCAAGACAUGCAUGAGUUUUUACUAUGUUGCUUUCAAAAAGACCCUGAAAAGAGAUCCUCAAGCAAACAACUGUUACAGCAUCCUUGGAUUCUCAAAAACCAACGAAAGAAAAAGAUAGCAGUCAAAGGACAACAUGAUAUGGAGCCUACAAAAAAGCCGCUUGUGAGUUCUAAUCAUCAAACAAGAUAUUAUUCAUUGAAUUCAACUACAUUUGAUGAUAACAAUCAUCAUCAAUUCAUACAAACCUCCUUUGGGAAAGAGUGUAAAGUAUGUAAUGAAAUCAUGAGCAAUAGCUCUUUGUUUUGUGAAGUGUGUUCCCUUGUGUGUCAUAAAGAAUGUAAAAAAAUGUCUUUUUCAUGUCCACCCAAGGUCAAGGAUCAACAACCUUCUUAUGAUGUAAGUGAAUUGUAUUUUAUAUAA